GGCGGCACAGUGCAAGGGGCAGCACAGUGCAACCCAUGGUGAAGGGGCCGAGUCCCUGCUCCCCGACCAGCUCAACAAAGCACAAAACUACCCCCUCUCUCUCCCAGGAAUAUCCUGCAGAGGGGAGAUGUAAGGACUGUGGUAGGGGUGUGGACAUGGUGCUGGCUGGCUACGACUGUGUGGUUGGGGCAUUCUUACUGCUGCACCUCGAAGCAUCCGUUUGUUCAGAGAUGGUGAAGCCGUUUGCUUUGAUCAACGGGCGCCCACGGCCAGUGGUGACGCUGGAGGAGAACGCACCCCGUGAGUUCACCUGUCGCAUGGAGGGCUGGAAGUCGGUGCCCGUUGUCACCUGGUACCUGAAUGGCAAGAGGCAGGAGAGUAACCAGACGGUGCUGGUGCCCAGCUCCAGUGAGAGCAGCAACAGCAGCUUCAGCACCUUCAUCAUCACCACCCGUCGCAAGGACAAGGAGCUCAACUGCUCCGCCACUGACCCGGUCAACGGCAAGACUCAGAACGCCAGCGUCAUCCUCAACGUGCAAUUUAAACCUGAGGUUGUCCGCAUGGAUGCUGAGUAUAAGGAGCACAAUGACUCGGGGCUGUUCCUGGCGCUGUUUGUCCUGGUCCGUGCAAACCCUCCUGCAACAAUCACCUGGGUGGAUGAGAGUGGCGCAGUGAUUGUCAACACUUCCAACUUCAUGAUCUUGGACACCAAGAGUUACCCAUGGUUGACCAACCACACGGUGCAUGUGCAGCUAACCAGCCUGGCCAAGAACUAUUCCUUCACCGCUGGCAACCAGUUUGGUGUCACCAACUCUUCCAUCGGCUUUCAUGGGUUUCUCCAUGCUCGUGUGGAAGUGCCCAUGUUGGUCAUUCUCCUCGGCGGAGGCCUGGGCUUCCUGGCCAUCCUGCUCCUGAACAUCAUGGUGCUGUGUAUCAUCUACCGCAGGAAGGAGAGCGCAGAUGUAAAACCCAGCAGUGACUCAGUGAUUCACAGCGACUCAAUGAAUGUUAAAUGUGAUGAGGCACACAUUCCCAGAGAGAGCAUCUCGCUCCAGUCCAACGUACACCUGGGUCAUAAUCAGGAUGUUCACAGCCCCAACCAGCCCCUCACAGAGACCGAUGAAGCAUCGAAGCAUCUGUCUGACCACCAGGCAACGGGCAGUGAUCUGUCUGGUCAAGAAAAUGCUGCAGACACAGACCUGAAAGGAGUCCAUCGUUUCCCGAUGUCCGGACACCUCUACAAAGUCUCCAGUUUGAGCAGCGAUGAGAUCUGGCUUUAGUACCAUGGGUCAUUUGGUCACGGCUUGAAGGACAAAGGCCUGCCAUGAAUGUGGGGACACGCACACAGCCCCCCCAACAUCCAGCG